UUAUGGCCCAAUCUUUGUUAUUCACAAUGAGUGCCUCUAAAUUUGUCACUCCAUCAAAUAUACACAGUCUCCACUUUCAAUACUUGCAUAAACCACACCAUCAAAAACCAUUUUCAAUCAUGGCCAAAUCUUUGUUAUUCACUCCAUCGAAUAUACACCGUCUCCACUUUCAGCACUUACAUAAACAAUACCAUCAAAAGUCAUUUUCAAUUAUCGCCCAAUCUCUCUUAUUCCCAGUCAAGAAGCAUGCUCCAGAAUUAGUUACUCCAUCGAAACCAACACCUCAUGAAGUAAAAUUACUAUCCGACAUUGAUGACCAAGAUGUGUUACGUUUUCACAUUCCAGUGAUACAGUUUUAUAACUAUGAUCCAAGUAUGAAAGGAAAAGACCCUGUAGAUAUAAUUAAAAAAGCACUUGCGAAAACGCUUGUGUUUUAUUAUCCAUUUGCAGGUAGAUUGAGAGAAGGAGCUGAUCGAAAACUUAUGGUUGAUUGUACUGGAGAAGGUGUUUUGUUUAUUGAAGCUGAUGCUGAUGUUACUCUUAAAGAUUUCGGUGAUACUCUUCUUCCUCCAUUUCCUUGCUUGGAUGAGCUUCUUUAUGAUGUUCCCGGUUCUUCCAACGUUCUUAACGCUACAUUGAUCCUUAUUCAGGUAACACGCCUCAAGUGCGGUGGUUUCAUAUUUGCUAUUCGUGUAAACCAUACAAUGAGUGAUGCAUCAGGUAUAAUUCAAUUCAUGAAUGCCUUAGCAGAAAUAUCUCGUGGAAUGAUAGAACCUUCAAUCUCACCAGUAUGGUGUAGAGAACUUUUAUGCGCAAGGAACCCACCAAGAGUGACAUGUUAUCAUCCCGAACUCGAACAAGCACCUGAUAACAAAGGAAAUGUUAUAUCCUUAGACACCAUGGUCCAACGAACUUUCUUCUUUGGUCCCAACGAGGUAGCCAUAGUUCGCUCUCUCCUUCCAACCAACCAACAACAACAAUACUCCAAAUUUGAAAUCAUCACCGCUUUCCUUUGGCGUUGUCGUACAAUAGCGUUACAACUAGAUUCAAACGAACGCGUUCGUUUGAAUAUCGUAGUCAAUGGACGUUAUGUAAACCUACGAUUACCAAAGGGUUACUAUGGUAAUGUUGUUGCAAAUCCGGCUAUUGAUACAACAGCGGGCAAAAUUGUUGAAAAUAGGUUGGGAUAUAUGUAUGUACUGAAUUUAAUUAAGAAUGCAAAAGCUAAAGUCACCAAAGAGUAUAUGCAUUCAUUGGCAGAUUUAAUUGUUAUCAAGGGCCGACCUCCGUUUACCAUGAAUGAAUUUAUGUUUAUAGUAUCUGAUGUUACGCGUGUUGGAUUUGGAGAUGUUGAUUUUGGUUGGGGGAAAGCUGUUUAUGGAGGACCAGCUAUCGAUUCUCCUCUUCCUGGUUCUGCUAGCUUUUAUAUACCUUUUACAAAUGCUAAAGGAGAGAAAGGUUUCGUUGUACCACUUUGUUUGCCAGCACAAGCCAUGGAGAGAUUUGUAAUAGAACAUGAUAGUGUGCUUCAGGGAAUCAGUAACCAAUCUGCUAACGGUGAUCCAAAUUAAUUUAUACCAUUUGCCUCCUUUUGCUAUCUGUUGAAAGAAUGAAAGACAUGAAAGUAUUCAAGUGAUGAAUUGAUUAAGGUCAAUUUUGACUCAUAGCAACUUUCCAUUUAUAGUAAUUAAGUUGAGUUCAAAAGUUAGUUGAGAAUUUGUUAUUUUAGAAAAGUUGUUAGUUACAAGUUUGUUGAGUUAGCUUCAAAGCUUGUACUAAAAUUAUCAUUCAUGGUCCCCAUCAAUGCGUCGUGCUCUUGGUGAAAAUAUGAAACUUGAAUUUGUUGAUGGACCUAUAUUAGUUCUAAUUGAUUCUUUUGAUCAUCUUGAUUGCUCCUUGGAACAUAUGCAACAUGUUGAUUCAUUCUUGGAUUGUUAAUUCGGUUUCAAAAUUAAGUACACAAUCCAUUGGAUUUAUUGAGAAUGCAAUUCAUGUUUGGAACGAUUGGAAAGACUGAU